AUGCUGCGGAUAUGGAGUUCCAACGUCCAUCAGGGGGAGACCGUGAGUGAUGUUCCUUAUCCUCGAUGGUGUUGGUUGUCAUUGACUGCAGAUUCCUUCGACCUGCCACCACCAUCAUCCCGCAUGGAUGCGAUGGCAAGCCUGCCCGCCGCUGCCACGUCUACUUCUGCUGCGCCAGACCAGCCUGAACUUGACGAUAUCAAGCUGGAGUGGCACCCAAGCAGUGGCCGACCUUCUGAGGUUCACCAUUUUGCUGAAUACCAGCAGGCACCCGAUCCAAUGCCUCCGCCACCGGACGAAGAGCCGUGGCGCCCUUUCCGGUCACGCUUGGACUUUGAAUUUGCGGAACUCGCCUUGAAGGCUCGGCUCACGAAGGCAGAGACUGAUACACUUUUCAGGCUUUGCCAUCGGGCUGUCGCAGGUGAAAGAUUUACUUUACGUGACCAUGCUGAGGUGUGUGAAACAUGGGAGGCUGCGUCGUUUAAGUGUACUCCUUUUGAGGUAGAAACUAUCACUAUGCCCUAUGGGGAUGAAGAUCAUUCUUAUGAAGUCCACUACCGUCCCCUCUGGAACUGGGCUUUGGACCUACUUCAAGAGGAACACCUCAUCCCAUAUUGGCACUGGGAUGCACAACGUUGCUACAAAUUCAAUGGUUCCCACUUCACUCGUUUUCUUCAUGAGCCCUGGACUGCUGAUCGGUGGUGGGAUAUUCAGUCGUCACUUCCAAAAGACGGAAAGCCAUUGUGCUUCAUCCUCUAUGCAGACAAGACCAAAUUAUCUUCAUUUGGGACUGAGAUGGGAUAUCCUGUUGUCGCUCGCAUUGCCAACCUGGAUAUUGAAGUCCGAAAUGGUAAUGGUGUUGGGGGUGGGCGGGUUGUAGGAUGGCUCCCUAUAGUGAAGGAAAGUCCAAAGGACUCUGGGAAAUCAAGCUUUGCCGACUUCAAGCAAAUUGUGUGGCACGAAGCAUUUUACAAAUUGCUCACAGAUGUUGAGAAGUAUGCUCGCACUGGCUAUGCCUUUGAAUGUGCAGACAAAAUAAUACGGCUCCUUUUCCCUAUCAUUCUCAUACUAUCUGCUGACUAUGAAGAGCAAUGUGUUAUGGCCUUGAUACGGGGGUUUCGUGGACUAUGUCCAUGUCCGAUUUGCCUUGUUCCUGCUGACAAGCUCAAUGAUAUUUCUCAAACACAUGAGCUGCGGACCACUGCAACCAUGCGGAGGGUCUAUGAGAGUGCAAAAAAUAUGAAGCGAGUGGAUGCUGAGAAAUUAUUGAAGAGUUAUGGUUUGAGAGCAGCAUUUAAUGUCUUUUGGAAGAUCUGCCUCUCAGAUCCAUAUCUGGCACUAUGUUUUGAUCGGCUCCAUGCUUAUCAUGGAGGCCUCUUUGGGCGUCAUAUAUGGCCACAACUGAAGGAAUAUGUUGAAGACCUAGGCCGAACAGCUGGAGACAAGCUUGAUAAGCAGAUGUCAGAAAUGCCCCGGUGGCGUGACUUCAACCAUUUUGAUCAAGUGAUGAAGACGAAGUUCACUGAUGGUUCAAAGUAUGAGGACAUGUCCAAGAUGCUUCUCUUUGCCAUAUACAACCUGUUCGACCGCCGACAACAUCCACAUGUUCAUCUAUUGCUGCAAUGUCUGAGAACAUAUCUUGAGGUUGAUGCAUACUUGGCAUUAGAGGUUCACACAGAAGAAACAAUAGGGGCAGGAGAGCAUGCUCUGGACAAAUUUUCUCGGCAGCUGCAGAAUUGGGAGUUUCCAAAAGCACAUACACACAAGCAUGUCUUCAGUGACAUACGUACGAAGGGUGCCACCCGGGUCUACAAUACGAAGAUCAAUGAAAAGCUGCAUGGACCUAUCAAGGAAUCAUAUCAUCAUUCAAAUUUUAAGGAGGUUGCAGGACAAAUACUCAAACAGGACCAUUGGGCAUUUGUCUCUGACCUUAUUCGGGAGCAGGUCAAAUACCUGGACAAGUUCAAUGAACCACCAGACGAGUAUGCUGAUGUAGGCUUGAAACAUAUUACCUUAGGAUCACCUCAGCCUCCUGUUUCCUUCCGGACCCUGGAGGAGCAGCAGGUAAAGGAUCCUGCAUUCAAAAACUUCCGCAUAAAGCUGGGCAAGUUUCUCAGUGUUUUCUUGCCUGCACAUGGCAUACGCCCUCCACAAGAUCGUAUGGUACGAUUCAGCCAACUUGAUAAGAUAAAGGAGCACCGCUUCGUCAAAGUCACUUAUGAAAGCAUGGUCGAUUGGCGAGCAAAGACAGACUAUCUGCGGUGCAGUCCAGAUUUCUAUCGCCAUGAGCGCUAUGAUACAGUCAUAGUAAGCACUGUGGCAGGUAAUAUUUUUGCUAAGCUGGUUUAUGUUUUCACUUGCAUGGUUGAGGGAAGAUCUUAUCCCCUUGCUCUGGUGCAGCCUCUGGAUGCAGCCUCUGGAAUUCUUCGCCAGACCGAUAAGGAUCUGGGAUUCCAUCGCUUGCGUGAAAAGCAUAGGAUAGAUUCAGAGUUCAUCUCACUGGAGACUAUUGUCCGUGGUGCCUUUGUUGCCCCAGACUUUAACCGUAGUGGGGAUUUCUUCCCAGUGGAUGUAAUUGAUGGUGAUAUGUUCCUUAGGCUUAAAGAAAUGUAUAAUAAUUAG